CCGAGCCAGAAGCGGCGGCGGCGGCGGCUCCGCGGUCUCCGGUCGCUCCCGCCUCCCCAGCGCUACCCGUGGCCGGGCCCGGAGGAGCGGAGUAUUUAUUUCCAAGCUGGGCACAGUGCUAGGUGCUGGCUGCUCACUGGUGACGAGACAGAUGGAGGUCACCAACCGUGUGGACCAGAGCCCAGUGUCGGAGACGUGGACCUCACUCUAGCCUGGUCAUGGCUUCCAGCUUCUCGGAUCUCGGGCUCCAGAGGAGGAAAGGACCGUUCAGGGAUCUUGCUCUAGAUUGAUUACAGAAACUGAACCAUCAGAGGGUGCAGACUUAACAAGGUCAGGGAAGUUCUGAAGGGCUUUAAGUUUGUAACAAAGAAAAAAAUGACGACUUCUUCUAUCAGACGGCAGAUGAAAAACAUUGUGAACAAUUACUCAGAGGCUGAAAUUAAAGUCCGGGAAGCCACUUCCAAUGACCCAUGGGGCCCGUCCAGCUCUCUGAUGACCGAGAUCGCUGACCUGACUUACAAUGUGGUGGCCUUCUCGGAGAUCAUGAGCAUGGUGUGGAAGCGGCUCAAUGACCACGGCAAGAACUGGCGGCACGUGUACAAGGCACUGACGCUGCUGGACUAUCUCAUCAAGACGGGGUCUGAGCGGGUGGCCCAGCAGUGCCGAGAGAAUAUCUUUGCCAUCCAGACCCUGAAGGACUUCCAGUACAUUGACCGUGACGGCAAGGACCAGGGCAUCAACGUGCGUGAGAAGUCAAAGCAACUGGUGGCCCUUCUGAAGGACGAGGAGCGGCUGAAGGCUGAGAGGGCCCAGGCUCUCAAGACCAAAGAGCGCAUGGCCCAGGUUGCCACCGGUAUGGGCAGCAACCAGAUCACCUUCGGGCGUGGCUCCAGCCAGCCCAACCUCUCCACCAGCUACUCGGAGCAGGAGUACGGCAAGGCUGGGGGAUCACCGGCCUCCUACCAUGGCUCACCCGAGGCCUCGCUGUGCCCCCAGCACCGCACAGGGGCCCCGCUGGGUCAGAGUGAGGAGCUGCAGCCACUGAGCCAGCGCCACCCCUUCCUGCCGCACCUGGGGCUGGCCUCCCGCCCAAAUGGUGACUGGUCCCAGCCCUGCCUCACUUGUGACCGCGCAGCCCGAGCCACCUCCCCGAGGGUGUCCUCUGAGCUGGAGCAAGCCCGGCCCCAGACUAGCGGAGAAGAGGAGCUUCAGCUGCAGCUGGCACUUGCCAUGAGCAGAGAAGUGGCCGAGCAGGAAGAACGCCUCAGGCGGGGUGAUGACCUCAGACUGCAGAUGGCCCUGGAGGAAAGCCGAAGGGACACAGUUAAAGUUCCAAAAAAGAAAGAGCACGGCUCCCACCCACAGCAGACUACCCUGUUGGAUUUAAUGGAUGCUCUCCCCGGCUCAGGCCCUGCUGCCCAGAAAGCGGAGCCCUGGGGCCCGUCAGCCUCGGCUAGCCAGACCAACCCCUGGGGCGGGCCAGCGGCUCCCGCUCCUGAGAGCACUUCGGAUCCCUGGCCAUCGUUCGGUGCCAAGCCAGCUGCCUCUGUCGACCCAUGGGGAGUGCCUGCCGGAGCCAGCACACACUCUGUCCCUAAGAGCUCAGACCCUUGGGCCGCUUCACAGCAGCCUGCCCCCAGUGCUGGGAAAACAACUUCUGACACCUGGGGCGCAGUCUCAGCCACCAAGCCUGUAUCUGCCUCUGGGUCCUUUGAGCUCUUCAGUAAUCUGAAUGGUACAAUUAAAGACGACUUUUCUGAAUUUGACAACCUCCGAACUUCAAAAAAAACAGCUGAAUCUGUGGCCUCGCUGCCAUCCCAAAACAAUGGAACCACGAGCCCUGACCCCUUUGAGUCUCAGCCCCUGACCAUUGCCUCGAGCAAGCCCAGCAGUGCCCGGAAAACACCUGAGUCCUUCCUGGGCCCCAACGCGGCCCUCGUGAACCUGGACUCGCUGGUGACCAGGCCCACCCCGCCAGCCCAGUCGCUCAACCCUUUCCUGGCACCAGGUGCAGCCGCUGCCUCGGCCCCUGUCAACCCCUUCCAGGUGAACCAGCCCCAGCCGCUGACGCUGAACCAGCUGCGGGGCAGCCCCGUCCCGGGCACCAGCAUGUCCUUCGGGCCUGGCCCUGGGGUGGAGCCCAUGGCUGUGGCCUCCAUGACCUCCGCGGCCCCACACUCAGCUCUGGGGGCCAGUGGUUCUUCUCUGACGCCACUGGGCCCCGCAACGAUGAACAUGGUGGGCAGCGUGGGCAUCCCCCCAUCAGCAGCUCAGGCCACCGGCACAACCAACCCUUUCCUUCUCUAGUGCCCCGGGCCUGGGAUCCCCCAGAGGGACGUCCAGAGCACCUGUGCCAGAGGACACCGAGCAGGGACUCUCGUUUGUGGGAUGGGGCCUCAGAGUUUGGGGUGGGGGGUGUUAGGGCUGUUCAGUUCCAGCUUCCUGAUAAAAGGGUUGUCGUUACAGCCCCGACCCUCAGAGUGUCGCACGAAGUCCUUGCCUUCCGAGGCAGGCCUCUCACCUGCCCCAGCCUGGCCUGCUCUCGCCACCUCUUCCCAAGCGCUCAGGUCCUGGCAGGGCUCCUUUGAGGCCUCGGACGAGGAGGUGGAGUUGUCAGUGUUGCCCCAGCCUCAGCCCCAGGGUCUCUGGGACGUUGCCUGGUCCAGGACUUGGGACGGUCUCCUGGUCUUUGCCCCCAGCCCUAGGGACAGCCCAGGCAGUCCCAGGUGUGGAUGGGACUAAGCACUGGCUCCAUGAGACACUGACCUUUUGGGGAAGUGGUUGUGCAUAUUUUAUUUUUCUUUGACUCGUGUGUGAGUUCAAAGUAAACACCACCGUGGACAACUCUUGAAUUAAAUCCACUAGAGCGAGCUUUAAAACUAAUCUGAGCAUAACCCUGCCACAUGGCUCUAUGCUUGUAUACGUUUGCACAUAUUUUGUUUAGUACAGUUUCAUAUUUGAGUUUGCAGAAUUAUCUAAUAGUCUUUUUUUGGCUAAUAUUUUUAUAACGUGGUUCUUAUUUAACUGUCUAGUUUUGAUAGAAUUUACCAGGUCUGGCUGAAUUAAGAUAUUGGCACGUGUCAUUUUAGUGGUUUAAAUCCUCUUAUUUAUGGUUUUAACUCUGUAAGAAAAUUUUGAAAAGAAGAGAUGUUUGGAUGACAAAAAAAUGCCUUAUGGAAAAACGAAAGCAAAUUCUUUAUAGGGAAAAUAUGGGAAUUUGAUUACACAUAAAAGGUGAUGUUUAUUUAAAAAAAAAAAAAACUACAACAGCAACAAAAAGUCCUAGCCUCCAGUUGCCUUUUCCUUUCUUUAACUCCCUUUUUUGGUCAAUUACUAAACUGAUUGACUUUCAGCCUUUUUGGCUAGAUCCUGAGAGAGAGGCUAUUUUUCUUACUGAUACAUCAACAUCUUGAAAGAUAAAGAAAAAAAUCUAACAUAUGAAUGUGACUUACCAAUUUUUAUCAACUAAUUCCUUUUGUGAAUUAAAGGCAUGCAGGGAUUAACAAGGACUUCUGUUUACAGUGGAGUCUGAAACGGAAGAAAUGUCUUCACCCUGUGUGUCUGCUCCCGUCUCAGCCCACGCUCAGGUUACAUACGGGGAUGAUGUGGAAAUGGCAGUUGUCCAGGGGCGGGGGGUGCUUCUGUGCCCACAGGUCCCCAGGGGACAGUCCCCAGGCUGAGACGGGGGUGAGGGACCAGGGCUGGCCCUGAUCCACCUACCUGCUAACUCCUUUGUUUUUAAAUUGCAGACUUAAAAAUAAUCAUUUCUCACUUUGGAGAUGUAGAAAAAAAUCAUUCUCACAUGGGAUAAGAUUUUUUAACAAACAUGCACUAAUAUUACCUCCUUCUCCCAGCCUUCUGCUGUUCUCACCCCACCCACCACUGUAAAACAAACAAACAAAAAGUAUUAAGUCACAAAUUAAAGACCAGAAAAGACUUGCUUCUCCCCAGGAAAGAGACAUUCCCCCAAUCCCAUGUCCUGGUAGCGUGCCUACCGGGCAUUUCGGGCUCGUUUUCCACCGUGUGGACUUCCCACCUCCAGCUCCCAGGGCAGCUGACCACCUGCCAGCCCCUCUCUGGUUCCGGAAGGAGAUCUGACCCUUAGCACUGGCACAGGGGAGAUUUAAGAUCUAAAAUGGUCUCUGGGCUGCCAGGAGGACAUGCAGGAUUGCCCACCUGUGCUGUUCCACGGCUGUCCUCUCUGGGCCCUGGAGCCACUCCCCCCCCAGCACCAGAGGAUGCCAUUCAGGAAGGCUGGUGGCUGGUCUCGCUGCCCGGGGGAGGGCGGGCGGCGCGGUCGGGUGCAGGAGCAGGGUGCUUGCCCAGGUAGGUGCUUUCCCUCAAAUGGUGCCGGGCCCAGACCAGCCUUACAGGUCAGUAGACCAGACUCGACUUCGUGGGGUCGGUGAUUCUUUGUAACAGACGAGCUCUUGCUGACGAGACUUUGAGGCCCCAACGUGACCGCCCCCACCCCAGCUCCUGGCACAGGCCAUCCCGAGCGCACGUUGUCCCUGUUGCCUGCUGCACUGAUCAUGAAGCCACCGGCCGCUGCCAUCGUGCUCCCUCCUGACGGGGACCGUGAAGGAGGGAGCCACCAGGGGCCGGCAGCUGGCUCUGAACUUGUGCUCACUGUUGGUACUUACUUACUGCAUAAAUAUAAUUUAUCAUUUGUAUCAUGA